CGCGGAAGUGACAGGCGGAAGGUGGCUCGGCGGAAGCGGUUUUCGGUCUGUCAAGGGAGGAAAACUAGCCGAGUUUUGACACAAAGCGAUUUAAUCCCAACCGAACAGCACCGAUCAUCCCCCCCCUUUCCUCGACACCAGCACUCCGCUGAGAUGAUCCUGUUAGAAAUCAACAACCGGAUCAUAGAAGAGACGCUGUCGCUGAAGUUCGACGGCGCAUCGAACGGAACCAAACCAGAGGCCGUCGAUGUGACGUUUGCAGAUUUCGAUGGCGUCUUGUACCACAUCUCCAACCCCAACGGGGACAAGACCAAAGUGAUGGUCAGCAUCUCGCUGAAGUUCUACAAGGAGCUGCAGGAGCAUGGCGCUGAUGAGCUGCUCAAGAGGGUCUAUGAGAAUUUCCUGGUUGCACCAGAGUCUGGCUACAACGUGUCCCUCCUCUACGACCUGGACUCACUGCCGGCCAACAAAGACGAGGUGGUCCACCAGGCGGGCAUGCUCAAGAGGAACUGCUUUGCGUCUGUGUUUGAAAAGUACUUCAAGUUCCAGGAAGAGGGCAAAGAGGGCGAGAAGAGGGCUGUGGUCCACUACAGAGACGACGAGUCCAUGUAUCUGGAGGCCAAGAAGGACAGAGUGACAGUGGUGUUCAGCACGGUGUUCAAAGACGACGACGAUGUCAUCAUCGGCAAAGUGUUCAUGCAGGAGUUCAAAGAGGGUCGGCGAGCCAGCCACACAGCCCCCCAGGUGCUGUUCAGCCACAGGGAGCCCCCCCUGGAGCUGAAGGACACAGACGCCGCCGUCGGAGACAACAUUGGAUACAUCACCUUCGUGCUGUUCCCUCGACACACCAAUGCCAAUGCUAGAGACAACACCAUCAACCUCAUCCACACCUUCAGGGACUACCUGCACUACCACAUAAAGUGCUCCAAGGCCUACAUUCACACACGUAUGAGGGCCAAGACGUCAGACUUCCUCAAAGUGCUGAACCGCGCUCGACCCGAUGCCGAGAAGAAGGAGAUGAAAACCAUCUCUGGAAAGACCUUUUCACGCUGAGGCCAGAUCCAGACCCCCCCCCGCCCCCCGUGGACACGCCCAGACGCGCUACACUGAGACUCAAACGCCACAUCGGACAGGACUCAAGGACACAUCUUAACGCCCCCGCCCAAACCCUCCCCCCCCAAAAAAAACGUGUCCAGUCUUCUUUUUUUUUUUUUUAUGAAUAAUAAUGUUUGCUCUUCGUAGGGAAAGCCACGGCUCAAGAUAAAUGGAAAAAAGGGCAUUCCUUGCUUUGCAUAGUUAAAGAGAAUUAUUAGUCCUAUAUAAAUAUAUAUAUGAAAAAAAUGAAAUUUUUGAUACGAUAUCUUUUACUCCAUUUGGUACUCUUGCUUGCCCCUCAAACCCCCCCACCAUACAAUAUCCAUGUGUUGGAUGAUUUCAACUCCCCCUUCCUCCCUCUCUGUGCUUUCAUGUUGUCUGAACCAUUGUCAUUAAAAAAUAAAUAAAUCACUCUUACAAAAAAAAAA